UCCGGUUGUGCAGCAGCCAUUUUGUAUGUUCAUGCAAGUCCGUCCCUGACGGUCAAAAAAUUGCAGUUCCCACUUGGCAAUAAAUGCCACUUUUUACGCUUUUAUGGGUUAUAUAAUUUCUAUGAAAAUUGAAAAAGGGUGAAAAAAUUAACAGCUUCGCGUGGCAGCUUGGGAAGAAUCUUCUCCCGCCAGACUGACGGUAGGAUUUUCUGUUUUUGUGGACGCGACAGUCAAGCGUCGUCGGGGGACAUGUCGAGCGAGGAGAGCUAUCUUGCCAUCCAGCGCUAUCUGACCGACGAGCGGGAGCCCUACGCGCCGGGGACUCAGGGAAACGCCAAGCGGAAGAUCCGCAAGGCCGCCGCCUGCUACGUGGUGCGGGACGGAACGCUGUAUUACCAGCGGCGCCAGAAAGGCCUGGACGAGUUCACCGAGUUGGAGGUGGUACUGCAGGCCGGGCGGCGAAAGGAACUGAUAGACGAGGCGCACAUCGUUCCCGGAGGAGAGCACCUCAACCAGCAACAGACCUGGGAGAGCAUCUCGCAGAAGUACUGGUGGAGAGGUAUACUCAAGCAGGUGAAAGAUUAUAUCCGGGAAUGCAGCCAGUGCCGGGGAAGACAAGAGCGUGGGCGUGGCUGGGUGGAAGAAGCCGCGGGGGAGACCGCUGGGGGGCGCCGCGAGAGGCGCAGGGGCACCGCGGCCCCGGAUUCGGAGGAUGAAGAGGACGAAGAGGACGACGAAAUUCCGGAGUUACUGCCUGUCACAUCUGGGCAGCAGAAAUCUGCCCGGAGCCGCAAAUCUAUGGCCAAACAUGAGCUGGUCUUUGUUGACAGCAAAGGUGUGGUGAAGCAGCCCCUGCCCAAACAUGGCCAGACGCUGCUGGAGAAGCUGAACCAGCAGCGACUGAACGGACAGUUCUGUGACGUCACGCUGCUGAUCGAGGGAGAGGAGCACCGGGCGCACAAGGCCGUCCUGGCCGCCUGCAGCGACUACUUCAGUGAGCUGUUCAUCGAGAAGGGCGCCGUCUCCAGCCACGAGGCUGUAGUUGACCUCUCAGGCUUCAGCAAGGCCAGCUUCCUGCCCCUGCUGGAGUUUGCCUACACCUCCUGUCUCACCUUUAACUUCUGCAUCAUGGCUGAGGUGGCCACAGUGGCACGGCACCUACUCAUGACCGAGGUGCUGCAGCUGUGCGAGUCCGUCCACAAGCAGGUGGAGGAGCAGAGGCUUAUGGUCUACCAGAGGGGUGACGUCCACACCGUCUUGUCCAGCCAGUCCCUGCCCCCAUCCCAGCAGGCAUCCGUUGAGGAAGGAGAUGUCUAUAUGGUCACCGUGCAGGAUAAUGGUCAGACCAUGGUCUGUGAAGGCAGAGACACUGUUGGCAGGAAGACCCUGGCUGUGGUAACCCAGGAUGGCCAGGCUGUGACAGGCGAGACCCUGGCUGUGGUAACCCAGGAUGGCCAGGCUGUGACAGGCGAGACCCUGGCUGUGGUCACCCAGGAUGGCCAGGCCGUGACAGGCGAGACCCUGGCUGUGGUCACCCAGGACGGACAGGCCGUGACAGGCGAGACCCUGGCUGUGGUCACCCAGGACGGACAGGCCGUGACAGGCGAGACCCUGGCUGUGGUCACUCAAGAUGGGCAGGCCGUGACGGGAGAAACCCUGGCUGUAGUCACCCAGGACGGGCAGGCCGUGACAGGCGAGACCCUGGCUCUGGUCACCCAGGACGGGCAGGCCGUGACGGGAGAGACCCUGGCUCUGGUCACCCAGGACGGGCAGGCCGUGACGGGUGAGACCCUGGCUCUGGUCACCCAGGACGGGCAGGCCGUGACAGGCGAGACCCUGGCUCUGGUCACCCAGGACGGGCAGGCUGUGACAGGCGAGACCCUGGCUGUGGUCACCCAAGAUGGGCAGGCCGUGACGGGAGAGACCCUGGCUGUGGUCACUCAAGAUGGGCAGGCCGUGACGGGAGAGACCCUGGCUGUGGUCACUCAAGAUGGGCAGACUGUAACAAGAGAGACCCUGGCUGUGGUCUCAGCACUGUGGCCAGUACAGGCUGUCCAAGCAGCUGAUGCCUCAGCAGGGUCCAAUGCGGAAAAGAGCUCUGAGGCGCUUGUUAUUGGAGUGGAUCCUCAGAAGUCUGUCUCCGCAAAAGCCUCAGACCCUGCAUUGACAAGGGCGUCUGACCCCCCUCUGUCCGCCGAGCCUCCUCCCCAGCCCCAGCCGGUGCGGCGCAGACCUGGGCGUCCCGCUAAGGUGAGGCCAGUGCUGCUGCAUUCUGGGGACCCAUCGGCACCGGUGACCAAGGCUCCAGCGGGCAGUGCGACCCCCGAGCCGGCAGACGGGGGCGCUGGCGCAGUCGAUGACACAUACAAGGGACGUCUCCGCCGGCGCUCCCUCGGGGAGGGGGGCUAUGUGCGUCUGCACAUGGGCUUGGAGAGGCCAGAGGAGCAGAAGUCUGAGGUCCAGAAGGUCGCCCCCAAGGUCGUUCGGCGAGGACGCCCAGGUCGCCCCCCUAAGGUGCCCAGGCUGGAAGAGGAGGAAGAGCCCAAGACCCCGACUGGACCGGCUGAGGCCGGGAUGCUGGAGGCGGCUGCACCCCCAGAGAUGGCGCAUGCCGUGGGCCCGGAGGAAGGGGCGGCGGCCCCAGAGCAUGUGGGCGGGGCCAGCGGCGAGCACAAGUGCGCGGAGUGCGGCCUGGUGUUUCAGCGGCGCUAUGCAUUGAUCAUGCACACGUUGAAGCAUGAAAAGACACGGGGUUACAAGUGCAGCCUGUGCAGUAAGGAUUUCCAGUAUGCUGCCUCCCUGCGCGCCCACAUCGCUCGCCACAAGCGGCAGAAGAGCCAGAGGGCGUCGGUGGCUCCGCGGGCGCCUUCGGAGGCUGCGGACAGCAGCGGAGACAGCGAGGAGGGCCGCUCCCGCAUCCGCACGCGGCGAGAGUUCGUGUGCGACAUCUGUGGCAAGACGCUGCCCAAGCUGUACUCACUGCGCAUCCACAUGCUGCACCACACGGGCGUGCGGCCGCACUCCUGCAAGGUCUGCGGCAAGUCCUUCGCCCACAAGCACAGCCUGAAGAUGCACAGGGCCCUGCAUGACUCGAUGCGGCAGUUCCAGUGCACACUCUGUGACAAGUCCUUCGUCAGCAAGCGAAGCCUGGAGGAGCACACCAGCAUCCACACAGGCGAGUCCAAGUACCUGUGCACCACGUGUGGAAAGCCGUUCCACCGAGCCUCGGGCCUCAGCAAGCACCUGAAGAGGCACCAGCCCCGGCCAGAGGUCCGCGCCUUCCCCUGCUCCCACUGUGACAAGAGCUUCUACGAGGCCAAAGACCUGCAGCAGCACAUGAACAAGCACCUGGGCCUGAAGCCCUUCCAGUGCCAAGUAUGUGGGAAGUGCUACAGCUGGAAGAAGGACUGGUACUCGCACGUGAAGUCGCACAGCGUGGCCGAGCCCUUCAGGUGUAACAUCUGCGGGAAGGAGUUCUUCGAGAAGGCCCUGUUCCGGCGGCACGUCAAGAAGGCGACGCACGGCAAGAAGGGCCGGGUGAAGCAGAACCUGGAACGCGAGUGCGAGCACUGCGGCAGGAAGUUCACGCAGCUGCGCGAGUAUCGGCGCCACAUGAACAACCACCAGGGAGUGAAGCCUUUCGAGUGCCUGACCUGCGGGGUGGCGUGGGCAGACGCGCGUUCCCUGAAGCGGCACGUUCGCACGCAUACAGGCGAGCGGCCCUACGUGUGCCCUGUGUGUCAGGACGCGCACAUCGACGCACGCACGCUGCGCAAGCACAUGGUCAAGUACCACGGCGACUACCUGCCCGGCAAGAUCAUGCUGGAGAAGGACACGCUGCAGUUCCACAACCAGGGCACGCAGGUGGAGCAUGCCAUCAGCAUCCUGGCCCCCGAGCUGCCGCCCGAGCUGCAGGCCGCCCACGCCUCCGCCGGGGAGGAGAUCGAGACGGCACUCGUCACCGAGGAGACGGUGGAAGCUGUGCAGGCGGUCAGCGAGAUGCCCGUGGACGGCGGCGCCGUGUCCACCCUGUCGGACCAGAGCAUCAUGCAGGUGGUGAACUAUGUUCUGGCCCAGCGCGCCACUCAGCCUGGGGGGGGCAAGCUGGAGGAGCACGCGGGCGACGUCAUCCACACCGUAGAGGUGGAGGUGGCCCACGUGGCGGAGGUCGAGUGAUGGCCCGUCGCCAUGGAGACAUGCCCUGUACAUAGCCACUCCCCUGUUUCUCAUCUUCCAUCUCCCAAAAAGCUUUGUUUCUUGAGACUUGACAAAUGAACCCGUGACGACCGCAUCCGGCCCUUUUCUUUCCUCCAAGCAGUCGGGGUUUGUAUAUUUUGGUUAUUUCAGAAUCAUGUCUUAUUGACCUGUGAGAGGCAUGGGGGGGGGGAGAGCCUGGUUCCUGCCCCUAUAAAGCAUCUGACACCAACAGUGUAAUACCCCGCAUUCUGGUCCAUCCACGCUGCCCUCUAGUGGCAAAAAAAUAAAAAAUCUGUACAUACUGAAUGCAAAAUAAUCUUAAUAAAGAGGCACUGUGUUGGUUUAUUA